CUCCUCACCCGCCCGGGCCAUUAAUUACUCCCCACCCCCUCCUUCCCUGGCUCCCUGCUUCCGAGCGAGAGGUUUGAAACAGAGGAAGAACUAAGGCGCCGGCCGAUCCACCCGCCGGAUCUCGUCGUCGAUGGCGGACUGGGGCCCCGUGGUGAUCGCGACGGUGCUGUUCGUGCUGCUGACGCCGGGCCUGCUGUUCCAGCUCCCCGCGCACGGCCGCAUCGUCGGCUUCGGCACCAUGCACACCAGCGGCAUCGCCAUCCUCGUCCACGCCGUCCUCUACUUCGCGCUCAUCACCAUCUUCCUCAUCGCCAUCGGAGUCCACAUCUACGCCGGCUAGCUGAAGCUGCUGAGCUCGGUCUCUUCCGCCCGCCCGCCCGCCCUUCGCCACGUCUCCUCUCCUCUGGUCGCUCCGUUUUCCGAUCUACUCCUCCUAGUAGCAGUACAUGUGACGCCUGCUUGCUUCGCUUGCUCGUGUUGCCUGGAAGUUAAGCUGGCAGGAUUAGUAGUGUUCUUGUUGGUGGUGGUGUAUCUUGUUAAUUUAUCUGCAGCGAAAGCAACCUGGUGGAUGCUGCGGUGUGUUGUAUUGCAAUGAAGGGAUUAUCGUGAGAUUCUCCGUUCCUUGCUCUUUCGUUUGCUUCGAUUCGGUUGCGCGUCGAUUUCAGUUUCAGACGAGAUGGCCCGGGACUAUGGGUUCAGUCUGAGCGGUUUGAAUCGAUGCGGAGCAGAGAAUGGACAGCGCUGGUUCAGUGGUUC